CCAACUACUAACCUCCCGGCGUGUGGCUUACAUGCGGUCAGUAGUCGGGUGGGUGCACCUUCAGGGUAUGAACUGGUGCGCAAUCUUGGCGCUCGCGCGACUAGCGCCAGUACACUACAGACAGGUGCUAUUCUCUUUGAACACUCACACCCUUGGUGUGAUAUUUCUUUCGUGGUGUUAUGAGACCACCAGGCGAGAAAUUCGUUCGAUGGCCUCUAACCCCUCCCUGUGAACAGUCCGGCACCUUAACUUAUGCACUUUGCCACCAUCCA